AUGGCCCGGUCGCCUCCUCCGCAGAGCUUCCUCAGCCACGACCACUGGAUCUUCCCCCAGGGGUGGGGCUGGGCCGGCCACUCGGACUCCACGUCCCCGGCCUCGUCCUCGGAUUCGUCCAGCUCGUGCCCUUGCGACGGCGCCCGCGGGCCCUCGCAAGCCGCGCCCCUGGGCCGCAGCGCCCCCGCCGCCGAGGCUGCCCCGACGGCGCCCCGACGUGCGCGCCCCGGGCCGGCGGGCGGCCAGCGGCAGAGCGCCAGCGAGCGCGAGAAGCUGCGCAUGCGCACGCUCGCCCGCGCCCUGCACGAGCUGCGUCGCUUUCUGCCGCCGUCCGUGGCGCCCGCCGGCCAGAGCCUGACCAAGAUCGAGACGCUGCGCCUGGCCAUCCGCUACAUCGGCCACCUGUCUGCCGUGCUGGGCCUCAGCGAGGAGAGCCUGCAGCGCCGGCGCCGACGGCUCGGCGACGCGGCGCCCCCUGGGGGCUGCCAGUUCUGCCCCGACGGCGGCCCCGCGCAGGCGCAGACGCAGGGCCUGGGCUCGUCUGCCGGCACCGCCGCGUCCUGGGGGUCCCCGCCCGCCCGUCCGGGAGCCCUGGCAGCGCCCGAGCGCCUAGGGAGCCGGGUCCCUGACACGAAUCCCUGGGUGACACCCCCUUUCUACCCCGGAAUGCAGUCGUCUUCGCAUCCUUCUCGAGGGAGAGACCCUGAGGCUGCUCUUUGGUUGUCGCUGCAAAAUUGUCCUGGGACGCAGACAUCCCUGCAGCCCGGGAACUCGGCCAUUCCCUGGACGCCGCCCCCCGCACCUUCAGAGGUGGCUGCUGUGUACCAGGGUAUCUCCAUGUCUCCAGAGUCCUGUCUGCCACUGGGGACCCCACCUCUCCUGCCCCACCCACCAUGCCAGAGACUCCAGUCUCAGACCCAGUGGGAGUGCUGGAGCCAUAGUGCAGAGGUUCUCCCAAGCUCUGAGGACCCGGCACCCGGCCCCACCUUCCAGCUCAGUGAAUCAAGCCCUCCCCAGAGCUCAGGCCUGCAACUCAGUGGCUGCCCUGAACUUUGGCAAGACGAUUUGGAGGGGGCCCACCUGGGCAUCUACUAAGGGUCUUAUCUGCCCCCGUCUCAGCUGGGAAUGAGGUCUGUGGUGUGGGUACCCCCUCAUUUGCUAAUUCAGUGGUUUUCAAACUUCCCUUUAACCAAGGAUCCCUUUUUCCAAGU